AUGGCGGAGGCCCGGCUCGCUCUGGCGCAGAGAGAGGCGGAGGCUCAGCUCAGGCAGAUCCAGGCAAAGGCGCGAGCAACUGCCUUGCAGUCCCCUAGGGUUCGGCUUGCCUUGUCCCUCUUUGAGAGAUGUUUGGAGGCCAACGUGGCGGAGAUCGAGCUGCGUGUGCAGACUGAGCGAGCGCUUCUUGGCGGCUUUGAGGAGCUGUCACGGUGGCUUCACUUCGACCUUCAUUGUGAAUCCUUGCGUGUUAUUGGCUUGUACUACACGAGUCGUGUCAUGAUGUCUGUCAUACCAACUACGGACUAUCGGCUGGCCCACGCCAGACUCCAGGUGGACGAAGCUGAGAGGCGCGAGCAGGAAGCAUGCGCGGAGGCACAGGCGGCCGAGGCGCGCGCGGAUGCUUCGCGACGCCAAGCCGAGGCCGAGCGUCGCCGUGCCGAGGAGAUGAUAGCGUGCGAGCGUCAGGCCAAAGAGGUGGCAUUGCAGGACAUGGCAGAGCGCAUGGAUCGUCUCCAACAGGAUUCAGACCGGCGCUGCCGGGCAAUGCAAGAAGCCGUCGACCGUGCAAAGGCAGAGGCCAGCCUCGCUGUGGCAGAGUGUCAGCGACUAACAGCUGGUGCACAGGAUCGUGCGGAGCGCAUCGCCAAAAAGUCGCAAGCAGAGGCUGACGACAAAACUCAUGCGGCCCGUGCCCAGAGUGCUGCGCAGACGGCACAGGCUCAGCGACUGCUGGCCCAGUGCCAGGCCGAGGCGCAGGAGAGGACCCAGUGGGCUUUGGCGCGUGCCGAAGCGGCGAGGGCAUCGGAGAGCCAGUUGUUGAAGAAGCUGACCAACAGGAUUUCGGACUUCGAGUCGCAGGUGGCUUCGCAGAUCCAGACCUUGACGCAAGACGUGGACAAGAAGGUGUCCUUUUUGGGCUCCCGCAGGCCUGGGGGCGAGGAGGUCCCGGGCGUGGAAAGCCUCGCCCGUGAUGUAGAUGCGGUGAAGUACGAUGUUGGCGAGUUGAAGGACCUGCUAAAUGGUGCCAAGAACGACACCGACCAUGUGAAACGAAUAGUCCUCGCUUGCGAGAGAGACAUGGAGGAUUUUACAGCUGCGAUGGAUGCUGUGAAUGUCGACUUGGAUGAGAUGCGUGCUAGAGUUGACUCUACCCACUCCAUCAUCACCUCUCGUCAGCGGGUGGAGGCUACAGUCACAGCUGAGAUCUCGACCAUGCGCUUGGACAUGGGAGACAUGCAGGAGGCAUUGAAAGCGCACGACGCUUGGAUGGAGGACGUCUCACAAAGUCUACAGGAGGCACACGAGCGCUGCCAGCAGAUUGGCCUGGACAUAAACGACGUCAAUCAACAGAUGCAGGUGAAGCUGGAUGCCAAGACGGACAUAGUCAGCUGGAACGAUAUGAACGAUGACAUUGAUGCUUCCAUCAGAACCGUCAGAGACAUGGCCUCUUCGCUGCGCUUCGAGGUCGACAACAGACGGCGCAGAGUCGACGAGGAACUUGCGCGUUUGCGGUCCGAAAUGACAUCGAUGGAUGAGAGGGUCAUGGCCAAGACUGGUGACAUUCAACGCCAAGCCGAUGAAAAGCACGCCGCCGUGUCUGGUCGGCUGGAGGAGGGUGCGCAGCACCGGCGAGAGCUGGAGGCUACGCUGGGCCGUCAUGCCGAAACGCACAACCUCAUCCAGGGGCAGAUCAAUGGUCAACGAGACGAGCUCGACACACGCUUGGGCUUCCUCGAGUCUUCCAUGAAGAAGCAGGGCGAGGAGCUCCAGAAGUCCGCGCAUGAUCGGAUGGAUGGCAUGGAGCGGCAUCAGUCGACGAUCGCGAAGGAAAGCGGAAAACAUCUCAACGCACUGGACCUUCGCAUGGCGGCGCUACAAGGUGCCAGUGGUGAGUCUAAGCGUGACAUCAACAAGAUCCGGGACGAGGUCAACAGUCUAACGGUCAAAAGUGCAGCACACGAUGUGGAUAUUGCCAAGAACAGCGACGACUUGAGAAAGCUCGAACGACAAAAGGCAGAAGAUGGCCAGCGGCAGAAGCAGGAGUUCGAUGCAAUCUACGAUGAGCUUGACCAGAUGCUCGGUUGCAUGUUCCGAGAUGUUCCGAGGUCUCCUGGAACUGUCCAUGUGGCCUCGCUCUCGGUCUCGAAAAAUCCAGCGCGGCUCUUAUCAAAGAUAACCUUCACAGAGACGGACCAUUUGAAGAAUGCGCUGGAUGCCAUCAAAAGUCGUCGGUAUACUCGUGCUUACACGAAGAAGCCUUGGCUGGAUGAAGAUGGCAACAAGGUCUGGAGCAAUCUUCGUGUCAUGGUGGCGCAGACCGUGUUUUCUCAAUACUUUGAGACUUUCAUGGGCCUGAUUAUCAUCUUUAACAUCUGCCUCAUCGUCUACGAGGCCAAUCAAGAUGCGCAGUGCCACCCAGAGUACACACACAAUUGGUCCGAGUGUCCUUUUCGUGGCGAGUUGAUUCCUCUGCUCGGUAUUGGAAACUACGUUCUCCUGGUGCUUUACUCUAUCGAGAGUUGUGCCAGGGCAUUUGCCGAACGAGAGCGGUUUCUUUGCAAUGUGUGGAAUGUCAUAGACCUGGUGACGGUUCUCCUCGGAUGGAUGAGCUUGCUUCUGCAGAACAUCAUCAACCCGAAUCUGUUAAGGCUUUCGCGCCUCGUGCGCGUCCUGCGGGCUGCCCGAGUCUUUAUUUCGAUCCCAGAGUUCUAUUUGCUGGUCUCUGGGCUUUACUCCUCUUUCAAGGCCAUUCUCUUUGGAUCCUUCAUGCUGCUGUCAACUAUUGUAGUCUGGGCCAUCAUUGCAGUGGAAGUCCUACAUCCCAUGACGGCCAAACUGACCUUCGUCAGCGAGUUCUGCCAGGGCCGUGAGUGCCAGCUCCGGUUCCGCAGUGUUUAUUCUGCAGGUCUGACAUUGUUUCAGCAGGUUGUGGCCGGAGAUUCGUGGGGCGAGAUCUCUAUUCCUCUGCUCGAAGAGCAUCCAGAGACUUCGCUCGUCCUCUUCCCGAUCAUGGUUUCGAUCUCGCUUGGGGUGAUGAACCUCAUUCUGGCGGUGAUUGUGGAGCGUGCCACAGAAGCCCGGGAGAACGACCAGGAUAGGAAGCUCAAGAAAAAGGACCAGGAGCGAUCGAAAAAUAUGAUUGAGUUCGCGUUGCUUUGUAACGACAUGGAUGCGGAUGAAAGCGGAUCCCUAUCGCUGGACGAGAUGCUGAAGGGUUACGACAACAUCGAAGCAUUCAGCAGGCUUAUGCAGAUUAUGGAUAUACGGCGCGAGGAUAUGGAGACUAUUUUCCAUGUGCUGGAUUCCGAUCUCUCUGGGGAGGUGUCAUACUUCGAGUUUUGUCAGCACCUCUCUGGUUUCUUCGAGCGUGACCCUACGAUCAUGCAGUCCCUGAUCAAGUACUCUGUCAUGGAACUCCGGAAAGUGAUAAACAGCGACGUAGUAGAGGCGCUUCGGCGCCAGACGGAUAUGCUGCAUCAUCAAACUCGGCUGCUGGAAGUGAUCAUGCCAUCCAUCACAAAGAUGCAGAAUCCGGUGCCAAGCAUGCCAACGCCCCCAACUGUGCCACCACAACCGGAGGAGCCUUGGACGCUGGAAUUCUGGCGCUCCAGGCACCCGAAAACAGAAGGGAAUUCGAAGGGCCCUAUGGAGCCCUUGGGAUCCAUCCAGCAACAACUUCAGCCGCUGCUUGCCAGAGCUGAAGAGCUGGUCUUAGAAGCCCUGGAGCAGCGUGAUGAGCAGAUCUUGGGCCUCGCGGAGUCGCAAGCUCCAGAGAAACUCCCAGUCAAGGCCAGGCCGAAGAAAAUGGAGAGGCCGACGAGCACAGAUAGCCUGCAGAAGGAGCCGAGGGAGCUGGCAACUCUCUGCGAGAGCUUUCAGCACAGGCUGACUGAGAUUGAGACGCUUGAAGAGCGGUGUAGGGAUGUUGUUAGAUAUCUCAAGUCCGCCCAAGGUCACACCGCCGUAAGUAGCAAAGUUUCACACCUAGUCUCCGAAGAGUUUUAG